AUGAAACUUGUUGGUGUCGUACUGCGCAUGCGCAAAUAUGAGUCAGCAGACCCGAACAAGACUGAACAAGGAAGCGACAUGAGUGCUGCUGACAAGCAACCGCUGAUUGGAGGAGAACCCUCGGCUCCCCCGCCGUACGCUCCUCCGAAAAACCCUCACGGUUACCCGCCUCCCGUUGCAGGAGGAGCUGCCUACCCGCCACCUCAGGCUCCUCCGCCUGCCUACGGUCACCCCCAGACACCAGCUGGCUAUGGAGCUACUCCUCACAUUACCGUGGUACAAGCUGCUCCCAUUGUGACCAGGCGGACUGUGAUUGAGCCAAAACCUCCGAACCACAUUCUCCUCUCUCUGAUUGUGUUUCUGAUGUUCUGCUGGGUUUUUGGGCUCAUUGCCCUCAUCAUGGGGAUGCAAGUUGACUCUGCCUGGGCUGCUGGAGAUGGGAACAGAGCUAGAAGACUUUCAGCGUCGGCUCGAGGGUGGAAUCUGGCCGGCAUGAUAUUUGGGAGUGUGCUAUACGUCACAAUCGUAGUGUCGUCUGUGACGUCCAGUGCUGCUGGCACCUAG